AUGGACGUCCAACUCUUUGUCUAUGACCUCUCACGAGGCCUGGCACGCCAGAUGUCCAUGGGUCUUCUAGGCUUUCAGCUCGAUGCCAUAUAUCACACCUCUAUAGAACUCAACGGCAGAGAGUAUGUCUAUGAUGGAGGCAUUAUCGCAAUCAGACCAGGCUCGUCACACCUUGGACAGCCCUUAGAGAAGAUCCAUCUCGGCACAACGAAUCUACCUAUGGACGUAAUAGAAGAGUUUCUCGACUCUCUACGGCCGAUCUUUACACUAGAGGCCUAUGACCUAUUUCAUCACAACUGUAAUAAUUUCAGCGAUUCAUUCGCAAACUUUCUAUUAGGAAAGGGUAUUCCAGAGCACAUUGUCAAAAUGCCACAGGCUGUUCUCGACUCGCCCAUGGGCCGUAUGCUUCUUCCUCAGCUCACUCAAGGGAUCAAUGCCGGGAGACAGAAUGGUUCUAUCCUCGGACUCCAGCAGAGCGCUCAGACGCCAAGUGCAAAACAUGGCGUCAAAAUUGUUUCCAAUUCUGCCGAGUUCGAUCGGUUGAUGAACGGGGCAAAGAAUUCAUGUGCGGUCGUCUUCUUUACCUCAGCGACAUGCCCACCUUGCAAGGUCCUCUACCCAAUUUACGACGAACUUGCGGAGGAAGUUGGAGAGAAAGCCACACUGAUCAAGGUCGACAUUGCACAGCCCCAGGCCCACGAAAUUGGAAGCCGAUAUUCCAUCAGGGCGACACCAACCAUCGUGACAUUUCUGCGUGGUGAGGAGGAAAAUAGAUGGUCAGGGGCUGAUCCAGCUGCUCUUCGAGGAAAUGUCCAGCUCCUAGUGCAAAUGGCACAUCCCGUUCAUCCUCAUGAGAGACUCCGGCUACCGACCUUUGCUGAUUCCAAUGCGAAGCCUGUUCUCUACGCAAAGGUCCCUCCGCUGGACAAACUCCUGGUUAAGAUGGGUGACGCAGUUGCUAGGAAGUCGGAGGUACAAGCUCUCAAGAAAUACCUUGAGGAUCGGGCGAAGGAUGGCCCUUCAAGUGCAGUCAUUCCUGAGAUGAACCACCUGUCGAGCCUUGUCAGGGAUUCGGUCACGACACUUCCCAUUGAUAUUCUUUUCACGAUCGUUGACUUAUUCAGAUGCGCUCUUUCGGAUCCUAGAGUCAGCGGAUACUUUGCCGAAGAAAAGAACCAUGAGACGGUCCGGACUGUGCUGGACUUUGUCAAUCAACAAUCAGGAUGCCCUUAUGCCCUUCGCCUGGUCACGCUCCAGAUGGCCUGCAACUUCUUCUCGACACCCCUAUUUUUCGACGAAAUCAUGCGAGACAACUCGUUACGUGCUUCGGUCAUUCUUCUCAUCUCUUCGAGCUUCCUUGACGAGAGUCAUAACAACGUGCGAGUUGCUGGUUCUUCCCUUCUCUUCAACUUGUCAGUGGCAAAUCGCCGGGCAAGACAAGAGUCAAAAGCUACUCUUUCAGGGGAUGACGAGAUCGAGCUUGCUGCGUCAGUAGUCGAGGCUAUAGCCUUGGAAGAGAAGUCAGCAGAGGCGUUGCAUGGAAUGCUUCUCGCUUUGGGUCACUUGGUUUAUGGUACACCACUUGAUGGCGAUCUCCCGGAUCUGUUUCAGACAGUUGGUGCAGGAGAAAAAAUCCUUGGCAAAAAGUCCAAAUUCCCAGAUGAAAAGCUCAUACCAGAAGUUGGGAAAGAGUUGUUGGGUAAGGGGCUUAGGAAACCAUAG